AUGUACUGUCCGAAUAUUUUUGCGCGCAUUGUGCCGUCGUACUUUGACAAGACGCUCGAGCAGGUACUCGUGAGUACUCUUAGACACAACAUCUUCAUCGUCCAUGGGAGCGACCCUAUGACAUCGAGGUCGACCGUGCAUACCGUGCUCAUUGAUAAUGGGGACAUUGUCUCGGCGUCGCUGCUCAACUCGGGGACCACGGAUUUAUCGUUGCUGGGCAUCGUUCUAUGCAAGUCGUAUGGCAGUUCUUUGGAUGAGGACGCCAAGGAAAUGCUGGAGGAGGAUUACGGUAUCCCGACUAUUUCGAUGGGGACGUGA